AUGAAGGUAAAGGCGAAUAAAACUCCAAAACCAGCCACUAAAGCAGUGGCGAACAUAAAAAAAGACAAAACGGGCGUAGUAAAAGCGAAGCAAUCGAAAAAGAAGGAGCUGAACAAGUCGAUUGUGAAGUCGGUCGUGAAGGCAGAAGCUCCUGUGGCCGCUCCGCUUACGUUCGCCGAGAAGAAGGUUCUGUCCGUGAAGCGUAAAGCGAACCCGUCGAAAAAGUCUCCAGAAUCCCCGAAGCCCGCAGUUGUUACGAAACCCAAAAACAAAGCUCGCAAUGGCGAAGAUUCGGUGGCAAAACCAGCGAAAAAGUCGCUCGAAAUCCCAAAACCGUUACCGGUUACGGCCGAAACCAGUAAGGGAAAGAAGCAGGCUAAAGGUGCAGCGCAGAAAAAGGGACCGUUGACCAAAACAUUGAAUGAAACUGCGAAGCCAGUGGUAACACCAACCAAGAAGACUAAGAAAGGCCAGAAAGCCAAGGAAGCCAAGAAAGCCAAGAAAGCAGCAGCAGCCAAACAAGAGCUGCUACCUCCGCUAAGUAAGCCUCCGAAGAAGGGCACAAACGCUGAUCCACAGAAGAAUGAAAAGAAAAAGAAAGGAAACAAGCCCCUCAUUCCGCGGCUACCAGAGCGCUCCGUAGGACAGGGCGAAGUGCCCACAGAAGCGACUCCCGAAACGUUGGCUCUCGUGCCGAAGGAGCUUGUAUCGCGUUCCUCCUUUGGACAGGUUCUGAAGGAACUAAAAAAGCGUGCAGCAAAAGAUGAAAAGGUUAAACUGUUUGGUGACGAUGUUCGCUUCGCUCUGCAAAUUGCGUGUGUAAAGAUUCCCGAGUAUCCGUCCCGGAACUGUCGGAUGCUGUUACCACACCCGAUCCUGUCCAAGGAGGAUGAGGUGUGCUUGAUCGUGAAGGAUCUGGAGCGUGGCCGGAAGUACGAUUACGAGAACACACUCUACCACUGGCAAGAUAAGCUGGCCGAGGCAGGGGUUACGAAUGUUGCCCAGAUCAUACCGUUUCAGCAGCUGAAGCAAGAUUAUCGAGAGUUCGAGUUACGGUUGAAAUUGGUGCACCGUUUCGAUCGGUUCCUCGUCGAUGCUCGCAUCGCUGGCCACGUGUUUUCUAAGUUGGGAGCACACUUUAUUCGGCGUAAGAAAAAUCCCACCUCCGUGGUUCUCACCAACGACGACAAGAUUGCCGAAAACAUCGAAAAAGCGCUCCGAAAGGUGACGUACGGCCGGUCGAACACGGGCAGAACGAUGGAGAUCAAAUUUGCCUCCGGGAAGAUGACGCACCAUCAGGCGAUUGAUAACGGAAUGGCGUUGCUUGAGUCACUGAAGACAGACUAUCCGGGCGGUUGGCUGAACGUGGGUUCAAUCUACGUGACGACAACGACGGACAACAAACAAUCGUUGUUGCUGUACAUGAGCGUGAUCAAUCCGAAUCUGGUGCCUGUGCCGAAAAUGGUCGGACCGCGUCAAAAGUUUGUUGACCAGCAAAAUGAAAAGCUGAUGAAACUCACCGGCGGACGGCUGAUGAUUGUCGAUGGUGCAGUGCGCAAGGCGAAGAAUGCAAAUUUGGACACUAGUGUCGUUGACGAUAUAAUGAGUAAGACUAGCGAAAAGAACAAGGAUAAAAAGCAGAAAGAAAGCAAACCUGGCAAGAGGAAAUCGGAGGAAGACUCCGAUGAGGAAAGCGAGCAGGACACUGAUGACGAUAAUAUGCUGGAUGAUGAGGCCGUAGAAGAUGAAACGAUGGAUGAUGAGGAGAGCGACGGUGAGGAGUUAUUGGAUGAUGAUUUGAUCCAGGAAGAUAACGAGACGGAUGAUGAAAUGGAAUAAAUAUAAAGUACUAUAUUU